AUGGAAGAGAACAAUAUAAUAGAAGAACAUAUAGGACCAGCACCAUGGAUUUCAAAUGUAGUGCUCGCCCCAAAAGAUGAUGGUAGUAUUCGGGUCACUGUUGACAUGCGUCAAGCAAACCGGGCAAUUGAAUCAACAAACAUUCCAAUUCCCAGAGUAGAGGACAUUAAAACACAACUUGCAAGGUGUCAACAUUUUUCUAAACUUGAUUUUAAGUCUGCAUUCCAUCAACUGGAGCUUGAUGAAGAGUCUAAGAAGAUCACAGUGUUUCAUGCAGGUGACCGACUGAUGCGGUAUCGAAAACUUACUAUGGGCACGAAACCAGCCUCUGGCGAGUUGACAAAGGCGCUUCUUCCACUAUUUCAGCCCAUUCAAGAAGCACAUGUUAUCCAUGAUGACCUCAUCAUAGCAGCCAAAACAAAGAAACAACAUGAUCAUGCAUUAAAUCGCGUCCUUCAAGUAAUUGCAAAAUCAGGAAUGACUUUGAAUCCUGAUAAAUGCAUGUUUGAUAAGGAGGAAAUUCCAUUCUGGGGACUACGUGUCUGCAAAGAUGGUAUUAAACCGGACCCAGAAAAGGUCAAGGCAUUGCAACAUGCCUCACGCCCACGUUCAAAGGAUGAACUACAAUCUUUCCUCUGUAUGAUCCAGUCAAAUAAAGACUUCAUACCAGACUUAGCAAGCAAAACAAUGAACCUUCGGAUGCGAACAAAGAAACACAGUCGCUUCACUUGGGAUAAGGAGUGCCAAAGAGAAUUUGACAGGUUGAAAGUUGCAUUCAGAGAAGACACUCUUCUCCGCCAUUUCAAUCCUGAAGAGGAUACAUUUAUUUUUGUGGAUGCGCAUCUUUCAGGACUAUCUGCAAUUCUGAUGCAAGGAGAGACAAGUGAUAGUGCAAAGCCAGUAGCAUUUGCCAGCCGUGCCACAACCCCAGUAGAGCAGAGAUACCCACAGCUAGACUUAGAAGCACUAGCCAUUGACUUUGGAUUGCGUCGGUUUCGCUACUUUAUUGCAGGAGGUCCUGAGAUCAAAGUCGUUACAGAUCAUAAGCCCCUGGUAAGCAUUUUUUCUAAUGCUAGAAAAGGGUCGGUCAGAACAGACCGGAUAAAGCUGCGUCAUCAAGACAUGAAAUAUAGAGUAAUCUGGAAGGAAGGGAAAGUUAACCCAGCUGAUUACCUUUCCCGACAUGCAACACCAUUUAGUAGCAUCAGCAGAGAUCAACAAAAAGAAACCAGUGAACUAGAAAAAACGGUCUGGCUUCUUCAAUAUGCUUCAUACACCGAGUCCAUUUCUAUGAGUCGAAUCAUCGAUGAGACAGAUAAAGACAAAACACUUCAUGAGUUGAAGAAAUACAUUAGAAAGGGAUAUGUACCAAAGACAAAGGGUAAUCUCGCUCCAUUCAAAAAGAUCUUUGCGGAACUUACCAUCUCAGAUGAGGAACUGAUAAUGAAAGGAGAACGCAUUAUUCUUCCUGAGAGUUUGUGGGACAUUGCCCUUGUAAAAGCCCACCAGGGAGGUCACCCUGGAAUGAACAGCCUUAAAUGCCGCCUACGCAGUCAUUUCUGGUUCCCAAAAAUGAACCAAAAAGUGGAAGAGAAAGUGGCAUCCUGUAAAGAGUGUCAACUAUUUACAAACAAGACAAUGCACGAACCCAUUCAAUCUCACAGAACGCCGGAACAUGCAUGGCAAGAUGUAAGCAUUGAUCUGUUUGGUCCUAUGCCCGACAGUAAGCAUGUGUUGGUAGUUCUGGAUAAAAUGAGUCGAUUUCCUGCAGCAAAGCUUGUCCCAAACACCGCAGCUAAGCCUGUCAUUAAAGCAUUGGAUGACAUUUAUACAGAUUUCGGUUAUCCUGAAAUGCAUCGCACAGACAAUGGACCACCAUUUGAUUCAAAAGCAUUUGCUGAAUUUUCCCAAGGCAGCGGUAUUGAUCAUGUUAAAACCUUCCCGUAUCACCCACAAGCAAACCCUGCAGAAACAUUUAUGCGUCCUCUCGGAAAAGCAUUAAAGGCGGCCCAUUUCAAUAAAAAGGAUAAACAUACAGCUAUUAAGGAAGUCCUAGCAACAUAUCGGGCGACGCCUCAUCCUGCAACGGGAGUACCACCGGGAGAUCUCUUGCUUCGUAGUGGGUAUCGAAAAGAUUUUCCGCGACGGCAACUGACUGAGCAACAGAUACGCGAGGCUCAGAUGCAAGACAGAGCACAACGUAUGUCUCGAGAGGACCAAAUGAACAGGUCGACCCAUAGAAAGAAGUCCAUCUACACUCCAGGGGAUCUUGUGUACAUACGGAACAUGCAGCGGUGCAAGUUUGAUCCCAUCUUUGGGCCAGAGCUGUAUAAAGUCCUGUGCACAGAAGGUAGCGGCCUGUUACUAGAAAGUUUGGCUGAUAAUAAAAGUUUCAGAAGGCACUGUGAUGACGUAAAGCCUGCAGUUAGCCAAGGAAAAAUCGAGGACCAUACUAUUUGGAUAGAGAACCAAGCCCAUCAAACAGAAAACGCGAACAACCAAGAUCCGGUUCCAGACAUGACAGAAGAGCCAGUAAUUGCCCUGCUGGCGUUAUGCGCAACAUCCAAAAAGGACAGGGCUACAAGACUCGGAGGGAAACUCGUUUACCUGCUAGGUUCAAAGACUACGUCCGUUACUAAAAAAGGAAGUGUGUUGUGUCCGCCAUUUUUGGGUUGUGUUGUUGGAAGAGGAGGAGGAAGGCAGAAGGAGGGACUGCAGAACUGA